CAAACGUUGGUUUACAAUUAGAAGUCAAAAGAAAUUGGAAAUUGAUAGUAGAGUGCAUGAUAUCAAUCUUCGGUGUAUCUAGAUAGGAUAUUGUCGAACCACUACGGUAAUAAAUAUGAAUCAAAAUGAUAGUAGUUUGUUAGAAGAGGACUCUAGAAAUACGGAAGCGGUGGUUUUCUCUCCUCGGCUUCGCGCCGCUUCUGGGUAGCAGGCAACGCUACCUUUCAAGGCUGUGGGUGUCCCGAUUUGUACUGGCUUCACGAUCAUCAGGAUGAGCGAUGAACUAAAGAAUUCAUCUUCAUGAUUGUAGACGGACGACGCGGGGACACAUUUCUAGUCGGACAUCUACUGUAGGGGUCCUCUAGAACAAGCCAAUGGCUUGCAGCCGAUCCUCCCGGUUGCAACUCCAAUAGAGGUCCAUGGAUGGCGUUGGGGACAUGAAUGAAAGACGCGAAGAAAGUGUCGACACAGUAAGAAAAAGAGAAGAACGGGAAAUGAAACUUGUUAAUGCUCGCUUCGCUCUGAGGCGUUGUUGACAUGCCAGCUCCGUCAACAUCCACCCCGUCAGGAAGACGUAGUUGUUUUAAGGCAACCACGGAACCAUCCUCAGCAUCAUCCUUGGAUAUUUCCCCCAGGGACAAAGGGGCAAAGGAUGCUACCAAGGCUGCGUCGUGUUCGGUAGCUCUAAUAGUCAUAUCUAUGACGAUGCUGGAGGACAGCGUUCAUUUAUACCGCUGCUAGAGGGCGGCUUUUGUAUUCGAUGGUCGAGAACAGCCUGAACAAAAAGCGUGCAGCUGAGUCUGCAAGAAUAGGCGCUGACGAGCACAUGAGAAUCACUUGGAACAGCGCGCAACAAAAAGGAGGCGUUACAACUCAAGCCUUAAAUUCACACAGUUACUGCUGAGGACAAUCCAGCAACAACAGCAGGAGAGCCACACUAGAGGACAAGUCACAGCCAGCAGUAACAGCAGGAGAAAUUAGACUUAUGUACUAUUUGAUAAGAUGAUGAUCAUGUGCUCCUGCUCGAAGUCGAAGGGAACGAAAAUAGGUGGGAUGUGUUCGUGAACGAGUGCUACGAAUUACCAUGGGACGCAGACAUCUAGGACUGGUGCUCCUCCUCCAACUCCAGGUAGUGCUGCCACGAAGACUUCGCAAAAGGGCAAAGACUUCACGAAAAAACGAGGUCCAGAAUGGUGGUGGUGGAAGGGAUGGCCAGGGUAGAGGUAGCGAAAAAGCUGAAGGCUGGAAUGUUACGGCUGAUAGAUUUGAUAAGUCUUUUCCACAGGUCACUUUUCUUUGUUUCGCAGCUGGAAUUUCCUCCUGAGAAAACAAACUUAUAUAAGAGGCUACUAAGAUGACUGGAGGUACUGAACUUUUAAGAUGAAGCUACUUUAUUUUGAGCUCCUCUAAGACUAGAGGUGAGAGCAGUGAGGAAGACGCGGCACCCUGGUGGCCUGGAAUUUUCAGGGCUACAAAAGAUACGAAGCGGCGUCGGCGCAACACUACGAAAUAGUUUUUUUCGACGCUUCAUCAGAAUUUUGUUGUUCGUGAUCUCUCGGCAACGAUUUCUUUUUAUAGACUUUCUCCUUAAGGAUCUGUAACACGGCUAUUGAUUUUGAUUCCGGGAUAAGAAGCACCAUAAAUAUGAGCCUUGCUGUAGAGUGAAUAUGGAUCAUCAGGAGUAGCACAGUCUAGGCGCAGGUAUGCUAGCCAGUGGUAGACUCUAAGAGACGAGAGGGCAUCGAGCAAAGCUCUAAGAGACGAGAGGGCAUCGAGCAAAGCGCCCAAAGUGAAGCCUCGGCUUUGGAAAAA